AAAGGAAGCCGAGAAAAGGCGAGUGCAAGAUAAAGGGAAGUGCAGUUUCCGAACCGGGCUAACUCUUUUCUCUCUGCCUGAGCGGUGUCUGGCGGGUCACUCCUCCAACUUCGCCCGGCCGACCUCCUCAGUGGGCCCCAAUGGCCAACCACAGAUGCGGUUCAGUGUCUGAGGAGGAACCCUGCUGCGACAUUUCCAAGAAAACCAAGAUCUGUCUCUGCGUCUUUUUUGGUCUCCUGGUCGCGGUGAUCAUCGCGGUGCCGGUCGGUAUCCUGAUGUGGCGCCAUCCGCUCCAGGAGUGGAAGGGGAAGGGCACCACUGCCCAUUUUUACGAGAUCCUCCUGGGACGGUGCUACACUUAUACUCAAAUCGUGCGACCUGAGCUGGGACAUAAAGACUGCCAAAAGAUAGGGAAGGCGUUCACAACUGCGUUUCUUUCUAAGGACCCUUGCAGCAGCACGGAACAGGACUACCAGCCCCUCCUGGAGCUGACCGCUCAAACUGUCCCUUGCAACAAGACCCUCUUUUGGAGCAAAUCCAGCCAGCUGGCCCAUGACUACACGCGGGUCCAGGGGGACCUGUUCACCCUGGAGGACACACUGCUGGGCUACAUGGCGGAUGGCCUCAAGUGGUGUGGAGACCCGCGCUCUUCAGAAAUGAACUAUCAGUCCUGUCCAGACUGGAGGGAAGACUGCAGCAACAACUCUUUUUCUGUGUUCUGGAAUGCAGUGUCCAAAAGGUUUGCAGAAGACGCCUGUGGUGUGGUCCAUGUGGUGCUCAAUGGGUCCAUCAGUAACACCUUUGAUGAAAGAAGCACUUUUGGACGUGUGGAAGUCUUUAAUUUGCGUCCAGAGAAGGUACAUCAACUACAGGCCUGGGUGAUGCAUGACGUUGGAGGUGUUCACAGUGACUCCUGUUCCAGUUCCUCCGUAAAUAAUCUGAAACGGAUUCUAAAGGAAAGGAGUAUUGCAUUUUCUUGCCAGAAUAAUUACGGGCCUAUCAGGCUUCUCCAGUGUGUGAAAAAUCCUGAGCCUUCAUCUUGCAGAUUUUAUGUAUGAGCCAAUCAGCAUGGUCGUUUCGGAUCUUUGAGCCUUACAUACCCAUCACACGUGUGACUCAGGAGACACGCUGUUGGGAAGCUGAGGACUUGCGGGGGAUCUUCUGCCAUAAUGCCAACACUAGAGUUGGAAGCCUUUCCCCCAAAGUUUUAAAAUGACAUGUUGUUGCCAUAGUUUUUAUUUUGAUUUCCUAAUAAUCAAAAAAAUUAUGGUAUAAAAUUAGAAUGAAAAUUUUAUAUUAAGUUAUUUCAUUUUAAUUUUCAUAGGUGCUUUUAUGUGGUUUAUAUGUUAGUAGCAUCCUUUCUAUUGUAAAUGACUAUACCAAACCUCUCUUACUGGUGCAGAUAAUUAAGGGAUGGUAAAUGCUCAUGAAUGACCUUGUCUCAGGAUCUAUUUUUGUAUCCUUUCUACAAAUAAAGUAUAAAUGCUAUAGUUAUGGGUCAUGCUGGAAGAAGAAUUCUGUAGGAUAUAAGCUACCCACCUGCUUUAUCUCCCAUUCUUCCAACAGCUCUGUGAGGUUGGUACUGUUAUCUCCCAUUUGUUAGAUGAGAAAUGGAAGUUCAGAGAGGUUAUAUAAUUUGCCUAAAGUCAUACAUUUAGUUCAAGGUAGAGGCUGGAUUUCAACUCAGCUCUGUCUAACUCCAGAGUAUAUAUGCUCUCUUUCUAGGCCUAUAAUACCAGCUGACAUGCUUUAUGUUCCCUUCUAAUAAAUGCCUGUUGGAUUAAAUUGAAUAUAAUAGAAUAUCAUAGAAUCUGAACUGGGUAGCUUUUCUGGAUAGCUUCAAAAACAGAUACACUUUUUUUCCUCUUCAUUCUCUUCCUCUUCUUCAUCUCAAUGUCUUACAUAUAUCAUAGGCCAUUAAAAUACAUAUUUGUUCCCGAUACUGGCAAUUUUUCUCAUUUUUUUCUUGAUUAGUCUUGCUUGGGGAUUUAUCACUUUUAUUACUCUUUCAAAGAACUAACCUUUGUUUUCUCUUUCUAUUUAAUUAGUUUGCACUCUUCUCUUUAUUUGGGGGAUAUAAAAAUUUCUUUUAAUUUCCUUGAGUUUCUUUAAUCAGCUUCUUAAGAUGGAAGCUUAGAUCAUUGAUUUUUGAGCACACUUUCUUAUUUUUUUAAUAUAUCACUUAGUACUAUCAAUUUUCCUCUCAGUGCUGCUUUAGCUACAGAUCUUAAGUUUGGUGUGUCUUUUUUUUAUCACCAUUCAGUUAGAAAUAUUUUCUAAUUGUUAUUUAGAAAUGUGUUGCCUGGAGCAACCCCCUCAGGUCCCCUCCCUCCUUGGGAGCUUCCUACUAUCAUUUUGCUAUCUCUCAAUAAUCAUUUUGCUAUCACUUGCUUUGCUGCGGAAAGAAAAUGUGUUGCCUAAUUUUCAAACAUCUGGAGAUUUUCUAGAUUUUUUUUCUAAAUGUAGUUUUGUUGAAGAGUAAACUAAUUUGAGGAUCUUUCAGGGAACCCAUUAGGUUUGUUGAAAACAGCAUAAAUUUGGGAGUCAGCUGUUUCUGGGUUCAUAUUUUGGCACUGCUCUGUAAUCUUGAAUGAAAUAGUUAAUCUCUUUGAACUUUGAUUUCCUUGCCACUCAAAUAAGGAUCAUCAUUUACUCCCCCGAAGGUGUGGUGGGACUAAAAGAUGACAACAGUGAACAGUAUACCUUUGUGCCUUGUAGGUAAGCAAGCAUUCCACCAAGGCACCAAGGUUGGACCCUUUCUGCUGGCCCUUGGGUGGCAGUCCAGUUUCCUCCCCCCCACCAAGAUUUCAUUUGUUUAUUUGACAGAGAGAGCCAGAGAGCACAAGUAGAGGGAAUGGCAGAGGGAGAAGGAGAAGCACGCAGGCUCUGUCUUGAGCAGGGAGCCUGAUGCAGGGCUUGUUUCCUGGACCCUGGAAUCAUGACCUGGGCUGAAGGAAGAUGCUUAACCAUCUAAGCCACCUGGGCAUCCCGACAAUCCAGCUUCCUCCAGGAGCCAUGGCAGCUGUAGCCAGUGUGGCCAGUCCACAGAUUUUUCACUAGCCCCCAUGUGCACCUAGGCACAUCCUCACAGGCUUUUAGUUUGGGCUGGACAGGAAAAUGGAUGCUCAGUACUAGUUCUGAUUCAAAUUCGGGAUUGCCCCAGGGUUCAGUGAAAUCCACCUGCAGAAUGUCUUCAGUGAUAGGUCCUUGCUGACCUCCUGGGUGACCUGGGUGUUUUCCUCUUAGGACACUUUCUGCCUUACGGUUGGGCUUGCUUGCUGAUUUCUGGAUUUUCUAAUAUAUCUUUCUUCUUGACCAGGAUACCCCUUGAAAAUACCCCAGGAAAAUUUGGUUCUUUACACCCCCUUCCACAGAUGAAACAGAUAGAGUAGCACUCAGUUUGCAAGAGGCUUUCCCUAAGAAAACUCUUAAGAAGACUGAUUUGAGUGUUUAAGUUAAAGCUGGUGGAGACUAAAAGGAGGCUGGUCCCAAGGUUUUCACACUGUGCACAGAGCAAUCCCGCAAGCUCUGGGGGUAUCAGGGGGCAGGGGCACUCUUUCUUUGUAUGUCAUCUCUUUAUCUUCAUCCCCAUGAUGUCCAUCCCUGCCUGUCUCUCUGCAGCUUUGGGAAUCUUUGAAUGACCAUGACCAUGCAGCCAUCUCUAGUCCUAAGGACUUUUCUGGCCUCAUACAUGAAUACAUCCUUCAUAUCCCUCUUCUUUUAAGUGACAUCCUCACUGAAUUACUGACCGCUCAUAGCGUCAUAUUUUGCUCACCAACCUGCUGCUCCCUGUCUCCCCAUUCCAUUCAUGCUUGCUCUAGAAUAUGCUCUUAUCAUCCCAACUUGUACCACCACUGUCAUACGUAACCCGAAGGCUCUGACCCAGGACCCAAGUUCCCUCCUCCUCACUUCUGAAGGCUCACUGUUUUCCUUCUACAGUGUUUUUUGACCUUUCAAUAUUUGAGACACUCUUUUAAAUACAGUUCUGAAAUUUUAGCUUGAAUACUUGAAAGAAGACGCACACCUAAACACACGUAUAUAUAUAAAACUCUUGCUGGAAACAAGCUCAGCCCGUGUCUGCACACUCCUUGAUAACCAGCAGCAACAGUGUUUGAUUUACUUCCUGGCAUCUCAUUUCUCCUUAAAACAAUUUCCAAGACUGUCACUUGAGUUUCUCAGGUAAGAUCCAUACUACUUAGAAGGAUGAUUUUUUUUUAAAGAUUUUAUUUAUUUAUUUGACAGAGAGAGAUCACAAGCAGGCAGAGAGGCAGGCAGAGAGAGAGAGGAGGAAGCAGGCUCCCUGCUGAGCAGAGAGCCCGAUGCGGGACUCGAUCCCAGGACCCUGAGAUCAUGACCUGAGCCAAAGGCAGCAGCUUAACCCACUGAGCCACCCAGGUGCCCAGAAGGAUGAUUUUUUUUAAGCCAAGGAUAAAUGUUACGCAUGGGAAAUUAAAAUUAUAUGAAGUUUAUAAAAUGUUAAAGUCAACCUAAAGUAUGCUCCAACUUUGUAACGCAUUAUGUGAAUGCAGUGCUAACCCAGGCAUUUUCCCACAGGUUUGUUUGUUUGUUUGUUUUUUUAAUAAUAAAGGAGUUAUUUUAUUUAUACUA